AUGAAAGUCAAGCCGACAAUUUCAAAUACAUCAUCAUCAUCACCAUUGAAACCACUUAUUGAUAUAAAUAAAAGUUCUGUACGAUCUUCACCUGAAACAAAUGAUUGUUAUGCAGUUGAUCUUACUUUAAAUAGUACUAACAAUCAUAUUGCUGUACUGACUAUUCCAAGUACAAUUCAAUUAUUUGAUGCAUCAACAUUAAAACCAUUAUCAUCUCUUUCAUCAACUACAAAUAAUUUUGAUAAUAAUAAUUCUUCAUCUUCAAUAAAAAUUCAUUCUAUUCAAUAUGCUUAUAUUUCACCAUAUACAUUAUUUGCUUCGACAAAUAAGAAUUUAGUUCUCGUAUGGGAUACAAGAACACCACAAUUAGAAACUAUUCAAUUAAAUGGUUGUGCUGAUACACAUGAAUUUCUAUCAGUAACAUGUAAUAAUGAAGAUCAAUUAGUUGCUGCUGGUACUGAACUUAGAGGUGAUGAAAAUGUUGCUAUUGCUUUUUGGGAUAUACGAGCACCAAUAAAUAAACAAUUAUUAGGAUAUUAUACAGAAUCUCAUUCGGAUGAUAUUAUUCAAGUUAAAUUUUCUCGAAUGAAUUCAACUAAAUUACUAAGUGGUUCAACAGAUGGUCUUGUUUGUUUAUAUGAUGUAUCAAAAUUGAAUGAAGAUGAUGCACUUGAACAAGUUUACAAUGCAAAUGGACCUGUUGCAAAAUGUGGUUUUGCUCAAUAUAAUACAAUCUAUGCAACAACAGCAUCAAAUGGGUUUUUUAUUUGGUCAACAUCCGAUGAAAAUCAACAAUUACUGAUACAAGGUGAUACAGAUAAUGAUUUACUAACAUCAGAAAUUUCUUCCGAAAAAAUCGAUACAUCAUUAAAAUCUUCAACAAUUAUUCAUCAUCUUUCUUCAUCACAUGCAACUAUUGUCGAUAUACUUUCUGAUUGUAAUAUUCAAGAUUUGUUACCAUCUGUUACACAAGAGACAAAAUCCUGUUGGCCAUUAUUAAUGUGUGAUCACAUGGGAAAAAUGAAUAUUACAUUAGUCUCAUCUAAUGAAUCCCAACCAACUAUUUUCCCACUUGAUUCACCUCAUUCUGAAACAUUACGUGCAGCAGUCACUUAUCGUUCUACACUUUAUUCAUGUGGUGAUGAUGGACAAUUGAUUCAAUGGCAACCAUCAUCAUCAUCAUCACCAUCAUCGACGUAUAAUUCCAAUGAGAAUCAACAACAAACAAGCGAUACGGAAUGUUCGCAUCGUUCAUCAUUAACAACUGUUCAUCGUGUUCCAGCAAAUAACAGUUCACAAUUAUCACGAACAACAUCUAUACAUGAAAUUAUAUCAAAUCCUGAAACAGCUGAAUUAUUUCUUGAAUAUCUUAUGAAUUCACCACAAACAGCAUCACUUGGUGCUGUUUAUGCAAUUAUACUUGUACUUAAUGAAAAAAAAGAUGACGUAAAUCAAUUACAUGAUAUUGGACGAGCUGCAUAUAAAACUUAUAUUGAAAAUGAAACAAUUUUACCAUGGUUACCAACACAACGACGUAUAGAAUUACGUGAUAAUUAUCGUCGUAAACAAUUUGAUGAACAUUUUUUUGAUGGUGUCUUAGAUGAUCUUCUUAUUUAUAUUGAAAAUCAAACAGAUGUAUUUCGACAAUUUCUUAAUUCACGUCUAUGGAAUGAAUAUCGACGUGGAAAAUUUUCAAAAAAUCAUGCACAAAUUAAAUCAACAUCAACACUUGGAAAUAAUUCUAGUAGUUAUCAAAAUGAAAAUGAACUUAAACGUUCACGUAAACUUCAUUCAUCAUCAUUAUCAUUACAAACAAAAACUAAAUCAUAUCAUCACCAUCAUCAUCAUCAUCAGAAUCGUAGUGUUCGAGUUGAAUCUACGUCAAUAAAAAAAACUCGUGUAGCUUAUUUUUUACCUGGUAGUGAUACACCAUUUGUUAUUCAAGUAGCUGUACCGUCCGAAUCUAUUACACUCAACGAUAUUCUUCCACGUGUACAUACGUCAUCAACGAAUCAACGUAAUAAUAUGAAUACGAAUAAUUCAUUUGAUUAUUUUGUUAAACAUCGUGCUACAAAUGAAAAUUGGCUUGGUGGUGAUAUACAAUUUAUUAAUGAAAAAAUUGAAGAUUUUGAUAUACCUCUACCAAAUAUUGAUGGUACGGUGGUGAUUAGAAUACUUAAUAAUAAUUAA